CGAUUGGCCGCGGGCGCAGGGCAGCCAUGGCGGGCAUGGCGGGGUACGUGCGGCUCGGCGCCGCUGCCAGCGCUCCCCUCAUGGGGCUGGGCACAUGGAAGUCCCCCCCAGGUAAGGUGGCAGCUGCGGUGAUGGCUGCCAUCGAUGCCGGGUACCGCCACUUCGACUGUGCCUAUGUGUACCAGAACGAGAACGAAGUUGGGGAGGGGAUCCAGCAGAAAAUCAAGGAAGGUGCUGUGAAGCGAGAGGAUCUCUUCGUGGUCAGUAAGCUGUGGUGCACCUUUCAUGAGAAGCCUCUGGUGAAGGGAGCCUGCCAGAAGACUCUUGCAGACCUGAAGCUGGAUUACCUGGAUCUCUACCUUGUCCACUGGCCUUUUGGCUUCAAGGCAGGAGAGGACCUGUUCCCUGUAGAUGACAAAGGCAUGGCCAUCCCCAGCAACACUGAUAUUCUGCAGACGUGGGAGGCCAUGGAAGAGCUGGUGGAUGCUGGCCUGGUAAAAUCCAUUGGAAUCUCCAACUUCAACCGUGAGCAGAUUGAAAGAAUCUUGAACAAGCCAGGACUGAAAUACAAACCUGCAAAUAACCAGAUUGAGUGUCACCCAUACCUUUCCCAGGAGAAGCUGAUUGACUACUGCCACUCCAAAGGGAUCACUGUGACCGCCUACUGUCCCCUUGGACGUCCUGACGGUUCUAAGCCAGAGGCACCUUCCCUUCUGGAUGACCCCAAGAUAAAGGAGAUUGCAGCCAAGCACAACAAAACCCCAGCACAGGUUCUCCUUCGCUUCCAGGUCCAGAGGAACGUGAUUGUGAUUCCCAAAUCUGUCACCCCACAGCGCAUUGUGGAGAACUUCCAGGUGUUUGACUUUGAGCUGACUAAAGAGGAGAUGGCAACCCUUCUUAGCUUAAACAGAAACUGGAGGAUCUGUGAAAUGGUCACGUGCAAAAAUCACAAGGAGUACCCUUUCAAUGCAGAAUACUGCAUCAUCCCACCUUGGGAGGGAGCCCGGAGCCCACAGCGCAGCUCGGGGAGAAGCGGCGCUCCCCUGGCCAGCCCGCUGUCCCCGCUGUCCCCGGGGCUGUCCCGGGCGUGUCCCGGGCGUGUCCCGGGCCGGGGCGGGCACGGCUCUGCCGUCCUUAAAGGGCUCGGCGGGCGGUGCCAGCGGGCAGCACUCCCGCCUGGAGCCAUGGCCACCUGCGUGCAGCUCUACACCGGGGCCAGGAUGCCCUCCGUGGGGCUGGGCACAUGGAAGUCUACAACUGGGCAAGUGGAAGCUGCGGUGAUGGCUGCCAUCGACGCCGGGUACCGCCACUUUGACUGUGCCUACGCGUACAUGAAUGAGAAUGAGAUUGGGGAAGGGAUCCAGCAGAAAAUCAAGGAAGGUGUCGUGAAAAGAGAAGACCUCUUUGUUGUCAGCAAGCUGUGGUCCACUUUUCAUGAGAAGCCGCUGGUGAAGGAAGCCUGCCAGAAGAGUCUUGCUGCCCUGAAACUGAAUUACCUGGAUCUGUACCUCAUGCACUGGCCCAUGGGGUUCAAGGCAGGAGAGGAGCUGUUUCCCAAGGAUGACAAAGGCAUGGCCAUACCCAGCAACACAGAUUUUCUAGAUACAUGGGAGGCCAUGGAAGAGCUGGUGGAUGCUGGCCUGGUAAAAGCCAUUGGUGUCUCCAACUUCAACCAUGAGCAGAUUGAAAGAAUCUUGAACAAGCCAGGACUGAAAUACAAACCUGCAAAUAACCAGAUUGAAUGCAAUCCAUACCUUACCCAGGAGAAGUUGGUAAACUACUGCCAGUCCAAAGGGAUUGCUGUGACAGCCUACAGCCCCCUUGGCUCUCCUGACAGGCCAUGGGCUAAGCCAGAGGAUCCUGCCCUUCUGGAUGACCCCAAGAUCAAGGAAAUUGCAGCCAAGUACAACAAAACCACGGCCCAGGUUCUCCUUCGCUUCCAGGUCCAGAGAAACGUGAUUGUGAUUCCCAAAUCUGUCACCCCACGGCGCAUUGUGGAGAACUUCCAGGUGUUUGACUUCAAACUGACUGAAGAGGAGAUGACAACUAUUUACAGCUUUAACAGAAACUGGAGAGUCUAUACAAUAAGCAUGGGCAAAACUCACAAGGACUACCCAUUCAAUGCAGAAUACUGAAGAUGGUCAUAUCCUACCCUCCUUCAGAGCCCUCCUAUCAAUUUAUCUGACUUUCUUACUGCAUUUCUCCUCCUGCAGCCAGUGAAGCCACAGCAUGUGUACUCAGUGAUCAUCUUUCAUUUAUUCUUUCUGAAAGAUACAGUAAAAUUGUUCCAAAAGAACGAAA